AAGAACAACUAAUUUAAAAGGUUAGAGUAAAACAUUUGCGGACGAAAAGUGGCACAAACAUGGGCCGAGAAUGAGCAUCCUUUUUAACGAAGUUUGCUGAAGCUGCAAGGACCUGAAAAAAAGGAAACGGUCCAGCAUUACCUAUGCCGCUCUCCGGCUUUGUAUAGGACCCGGAAUCGUUUCUUCGGAGGCUAUAUAUAUAGCCUCGUAAAUCUUGAAGAUGUUGCAGGGAAGAUCUUACCAGCGAAUGCUGAACACUUAACAUUCCAACUAUACCAUCCCUAGGGAUAGGAUCUGAGAAUUUUACAAACUCCUACCUUGGGAAUUUCAAAAAUUUACAACAAUGUGGUUAAAUGACACUAGUCGGUCAUCACGAUUAAGGGACGACUCUGAUCUUGAAAGCAGUGGCAGCAGUGGUGAAGAGAUACCGGUAUGGAUCAGAGGAGAACAAAGAUGGGUAUCUGGUAUCACCGAUGAAACUACUUGUUACGACGUUAUACAAGUCCUGUUAAAGGACGAAGAAAAAAGAGGGAGACAUAUGGGUUCACCAGAUCAUUACCAAAUAACUGAAAGAUGGAGAGGAGUAGAGCAAUCUUUAGAACCAUAUUCGAAAAUAUUGGAUAUAUGGAACACAUGGGGAUCAGCACAAACUGAAGUCAAAAUUUCUUUACGAAGGCUCAGAUCAGACCGAUCUUCAAAUAGAAGAACAAAAUGCCGAUCAGAUGCCAGCAUUCACUCAGAUAGAAGUGCCUGGAGGACGAUACAUCCUAAAAGAUUCCAAUCGAUGCAUGACAAAGAACCAUCCAGUACGGAAGAACUAUUAAAAUUAGUUUUGGCCCAGGGCGAAGUCAUACGACGGCAACUAAAAAAAUUAAGGCACAGCGAACAUCAGAUAGGUUACUUGGAAGAUAAGGCCCAUAGAGCAAGAGUCAGGAAACAUGGAAGUAAUUAUCUAUUGGAAACCUACCUGAAGGGUCUUGCUGAAGCCGUAGAUCCUGAAACAGACCAUAUUGGCGUAGACAAAAACAGUGAUAGUGGUGUAAUGACCGAAGGAGAUAGUGAACAGUCACAUAACACUAAUCCUAAGGAAUGCAGAAACAUAGAGACGACCAGUGAACGAUUUUCACCGUCCUCAGAAGAAUUUAACUCAAAUAUAAAAGACGACGAUACCAGUUCAACCGUAAGCGAAUCAGCUGUCAAGGAACAAUUAGAUUUAUUAGACAAAAUAAUAAAACUAAAUAAGCACAUACUUAAAGAAGAGGAACAACUUACCAAGUUAGACAGUAAUUUAAAGAAGUACGACAGAAAUAAAUUGAAAGAACUUCAAAAAGCUAAAGGUAACGAAGAAGUGUCCAAGGAAUUAUCGAAACUUCGAACAGACAUGGCGAAGAGCGCAUGCGAAAUGCAACACAACGAAGUUGUGCUGGAAGAAACGCUUGAAGUGAUCGAAAAAAGCAGGAGGCAUUUAGAAACGCUUCACCGCGAGCUGUCAAAUGAAGAUUACGAAUACGAGAUGUUGCAAGCUUUACUUUAUAGUAACAUGCAACAAGGAGCCAGGCAGAAAAUCGCCCAUAAUAGUUUUUACCAUACCAAAGAAUUGUUAGAUACCUUAGUGUAAGAAAAUUUUCGGAUAGCAUUUUUUACUUUAAUACCAAAUAUGUUGUACCUAAUAGAUUUUAUUAUUCAGCAAACCGAAAUAUUAAUGAACUAUUUUGUGUUUUGUUGAACUCAGA